AUGUCGGAAGGAGGACGCUGCGGUUGCCUCCGACGGAAUAAACUGAUAGUGCUGACGAUGGGUGGUGUUCUGUGUGGUGUGGCACUCGGCGUACUUCUACAGCGCUUCGACCCUUCGGAAACCACACUAAUGUGGAUCGGUUUGCCAGGCGAGCUCUACAUCCGCUUCCUGAAGAUGUUGAUAAUCCCUCUUCUUAUAACGUCUGUUAUAUCAGGUACAUCCUCUCUGAACGCCAACACCAGUGGUAAGGCAGGGAUCAUCACUUUAGUGUAUUUCAUCUUCACCAACUUCACCGGCUGUGUGAUUGGAUGUUUACUCACCGUAUUGAUCGUACCAGGAACCCAGCAUCAUAAAGACGUCGAUGCGAUGGAACAUACAGUAAAUACAAGAGAGUAUCACGAUUUAUUGGCCGACGUAUUCAGGUUAACGCCCUGUGGUCUCUUUAGCCUUUUGGCUAAGAUUGUCUCCAGCACCGACAACCUACCCAGUGACAUGGCUGACAUAGCUAUGUACAUCGUAACUGUUACGGUAGGGCAGUGUCUUGUUGUCGUGUUGUUGGUGCCGCUGGUUUACGUUAUCGUCAGACGGAACAACCCAGCUGACCUUUUCAUUAAACUUAGAGAACCAAUUAUGCUGUCCUUCGUCACAGGUAGUACGGCUGCGGUUAUUCCGGACACGGUCUGUCUCCUGGAAAAGGCAAUGAGUGUGGAUAAACACGUGGCCGAGUUCGUUGUGCCCCUAUCUACUACCAUAGGACGAUGCGGAACUUCUUUAUACGUAUCUGUAGCGUGCGUCUUUCUACUCCAAACUCAGACCUCGGAAUCCGAUGCAGAAACCGUGGUUCUUAUUUGUUUGAUGGCUACACUAUUGUCUACAGCUGCUCCGUCUGUAUCAGGAUCCAGUAUGGCAGUCAUCAUCCUCAUCUUGUCUAACUUUAACGUGCCAUCUGAUAUGAUCGCUAUACUGUUUUCAACAGACUGGAUUAUAGACAGAAUCCGUACCAUAACGAAUUAUGUAGUGCAAGUUCUGGGAGUGAUCAUAAUAAACACACUGUGUGUUCCAUCCAGACACAAAGAUGUUCGCCGUACCUCUGACGUAAACGAUUUGAAUACCAUUUCGUUAUGGGAUUUGUCCAGGUCAGACGGUCUUAAUCAUAUGUUUGCUUCAAGGAGAUCUAGCAUACUUUCAAUUUCCAACUUCAUUACCCGUUCCCCAGUCGGAUGGGACUCGAACAUUGAUCAGUUAGACAACGCCCUCUAUCAAACAUCGGCAGAAAGAAGACCUAGCAUCCUGUCCAUACCAAACAUUGUCAACUGUAACUCCGACAUGGAUGACAGCAACACCGUUCGAAGAACGACAUCUAAUCUGUCUGGAAUCUAA